UACGUAAAUGGAACGAAACGGAACAGUUCGCGCAGGCGCGUUUCAUUGUUUUGACUGAAAAUGCCGUCGGUUUCGAAAACGGCGGCGAACGCUUCUCCUCAAACCGAGAAACCAACCCACUAUACAUAUUUGAAGGAGUUUAGGACCGAACAGUGCCCCCUCUUCUUGCAGCACAAGUGCACACAACAUAGACCCUUUACAUGUUUUCAUUGGCAUUUCCUCAACCAGAGGCGACGACGACCGAUUAGAAGAAGAGAUGGAACUUUUAACUACAGCCCUGACGUUUAUUGCACAAAAUAUGACGAGACUACGGGCAUUUGCCCAGAUGGAGAGGACUGUCCUUACUUGCACCGGACCACUGGUGACACAGAGCGCAAGUACCAUCUUCGUUAUUACAAGACUGGUACCUGUAUCCAUGAAACUGAUGCCCGCGGGCACUGCGUGAAGAACGGCCUACACUGCGCCUUUGCCCAUGGCCCACAUGAUCUCCGCCCCCCUGUCUACGAUAUCAGUAGCUCUCUCACUGAUCUUCUUCAUGUGCACAGAGAGAUCCAGGCACAGGAAGCCCUCCAGAAUGGCCAGUUGGGAUCUGGAGAGGGUAUCCCUGAUCUACAGCCUGGAGUACUGGCCAGCCAAGCCAUGAUAGAGAAGACUCUUACAGAGGACCCCCGGUGGCAAGACACCAAUUUUGUUUUAGCGAACUACAAAACAGAGCAGUGCACCAAGCCUCCACGACUAUGCAGACAGGGCUAUGCCUGCCCUCACUACCACAAUAGUAGAGACAGAAGACGAAAUCCACGCAAGUUCAAAUACAGGUCAACUCCGUGUCCCAAUGUGAAACAUGGGGAUGAGUGGGGCGAGCCAUCGAAGUGUGACAGUGGAGACAGCUGUCAAUACUGUCACUCACGCACUGAACAGCAGUUCCACCCAGAGAUCUACAAAUCCACCAAAUGCAAUGACAUGAGGCAAACUGGUUAUUGUCCUAGAGGGCCGUUCUGUGCGUUUGCGCAUGUAGAAAGAAUUCCCUCCACGGAAGAGACCAUGAACUCGUUGCUAACAGCGAUGCAGUCAGGCUCCCAGGCCAAGCUGGGCUCUCAGCAGUAUUCAGAGUGUCCGGUCAGCGAGUGGGGCAGCAGUGCACACUCCAUCAGCAGCAUCAACAACGGCCAAGUGGGGAAUGUUUCAUAUUCUAAUAGUCCGACUGUAACGCCAAGCUCAGGAAGCAACAGUUCAUUGUCCCCAAUCGGACCCAUCGGCAGGUCCAAAUGCUUAACUAAUGGUAGCUUAUGUUCAGAGUCCACCACGUCAAGUGUGUCAUCUCUGACGUCUAACUAUCCCAAAGCGCCGGGCUUUGAACGCGAGGAUCAGAUAAAGAACUAUAAGGGCCAUAUCGAUCAAAAGAUGAUGGACCUAGACAAGCAGACACACAAUAGUGUAUUCUCUGGGAUGAACCCUCUGGCAUCCAGCAUAACCUCCAGUAUAGAAUCUAGCUUGGCCUCCAGUAUUGGAUCAGAUAGUUCCUCACCCACCACCUUAUCAACAAUGAAUGCAAAAGCAACCCCAUUCUAUCCUGGGAGCAAUACUGUGGAGUCAGUUAUAGGUUCUGCACUUGACCUGAAUUUUUGUGACAUCAAUGUUGCCUCUCUUGAUAAAGAGUUUGAGGAGCAAGAAAACAACAGUCUUGGUUUAAGUCAAAGGAUGUUGGGAGGAUCUGCUCCGGUCAACAUUCCUGGCUCCCUUGCACGGUCUUCUUCAUUGAAUUCCAACUCAUCACUCUCUGCCUCCCCUCUGAGCUCUCUCUCCCAGUCCCUGUCCCAGUGCCUGUUGUCAGGAAUGGCUCCACAGCAGACUCAACCUCAGGGCCUGCUAACCAAACCUGAGCAUGGCCUUCUGGGAACACCUACCUCCUCUCAGAACUCUCUGGGUUUGAAUGGGGGAGCUAGCAGCAUAUGGGACUUUGUGAGUGGCAACUUCUCUCCCAGCCCAUCACCAGUGUUCAGCAGCCUGGGCUCCACCACUGUGAGCAGCAGCGCUGAUCUGAACCGGCUCUUCAGGGAGCUGGACGAGGCCAAGAGGAAGAUCAAGCAAUGGGAAGACGCGUGGCACCAGGUCAAGCAGGCAUGUGAGGCCUGGCAGAAAGACUCCCAUGAUGUAAAAGAACAAGCAAAGUCAGCCGAGGCGGAGCGGCAGCUGGCAGAGCAGACGCGAGAGGACACGGAGCGCAAGCUGAAGGAGCUCCAGGGGGACUUUGACGUGCUGUGUCGCUCCCCUGGCACACCCCUGCUUAGAAGCUAUGGAGACCUGGACCAGCUCCCUCUACCAAAGCUCCACUCCAUCCAGAGCCAGCUGCGCACUGAUCUAGACCUUAUAGACGGGGUAUUAUAUCAGCUUCAGUCAAAGAAAUGUAUAGUUUGCCAAACGCAUGAUCGUUGCAUAGUCCUGCAGCCUUGCCAACAUUAUGUACUUUGUAAGAACUGUGCACCUAGUAAAUCAGAAUGUCCAUACUGUAAGACAAAAAUAUUGAAGUGGUGAUGUACAAUUAUUCAAGGUACUACUUAAGGAAUUUGCCCUUUGAAGAACUACUAAUACAUGCUUACAUUUUAUAAAUAGCAUUUUGUUUCACUUUUUCAUAUAGUAAUUCAAUUAGUUUAAUUUGAACUACAUAAAUGGUGUUUGAUAAAUCAAGUGCUUAAAUGUAAUCUGUUAUUUUGUAUUGUAAAGGAUCACUUACAUUUUCCAAAAAGUUUGGGCAUCCAUUGUUCAAGUGGGCCUAAUUUGACUUUAUCACUGAAACACAUCAGUCAAACAUUAUUAUUAGUAUUGCAACCAUCUUUGUGAAGAUUGAUUUCUUGUAAAGCACUUUGUUGACCUGGGAAUUUGUUAAAGGGUAUUUUAGAAAUGAACUUGGAGCUGUUUUUGUUAGAUUUAUAUAUUUUUUCUUAAUAUGCUAAUGUAUCAAGCUUUUGUGUGUACUGUGAAACAUACUAGAAUAUUUCAUGUUUCCUAUUGUUAAAUCAUGGUAUAGUUCUAUAUAUCUUGUUAGUUUUCAUAGAAAAGUGCUAAACAAUAGAUUCUACUUUUCAUUCUUUAAUUUAUACCUUUCCAUCAAAAAAGUACACACUUUUGAAUGCAUUUUAGGCAUAACCAGCAGCUGUAAUAUCAGUAAGGCACAUUUAUGCUAAAGCAGUUAGGAAAUCAAUUACUGUGUCUCUUAGUGAUUACUGAAUUGUUCAUUAUGUAGUUGUUAGAGGAGCAUGUCUUGAUGUACAUAAGUCUGACAUGGUGAAUUUGAUAGGAUUCCUACUAGCUCUCAAACAUGUCUAGAACAUGUCUGAUACUUGGCUUCUACUCUAGUCUCAAGUGCCUUGCCUUAGAUGAUAACCAUGACCAUCGAUUCUUAGAGGAUUGUUGUAAAAGCAGACACAGGUAGUCAAAGCCUCUGCACAUAUAUCUACUUAAUUUUGUUACUUUGCAUCAUGUGUAUUGCCCAAUCCUAUGUCAAAGUAUUUCCUCAGAUUAUAGUUGUAUGAAGAUAUACAUCUUGUCAGUGCCUGUGUCCUGACUUCAUGCAUAUAAAACAAUAUUUUCCUUGUCUACACAGGCAAUGGUGCUUUUUGAGGCGGCUUCAGUAUAAUUUCAAAUGACCAUUUUUGAUUUAGUGUUUGGUAGUAUGCAAGGAAACAACUCUGGUCUUGUUUGUAAACAAGAUAAAAACAGGCUCCGCUAUACAUUUUAGACUGGUGUUUGUUGUAAGAUGCAUCAUUGGUGUUGAACCUGUAAGUUGUGUUUUCAAAUAUGACAGUGUAAUGUGCUUAGCUAGGUUAAUCUAAUUGAAAUGACCUUCUACUGUGUUCAAAAUGUAUUUUUCCUCACUCUAUAUCUUGGUCCUUUUAAUAUUUGCAGCAAUUAGUAUGUUCAGUAGAAAUAACCUUAUAUAUUCCCAGGUACACGAUUUGUAACUUAGUUUGAAAAAUUGAGAAAUACAAUUGUUUACAUUUAGAUGGAUGGUAAUUCAGAGAAACAAAACUUGUUUCUCCUCAAAUAAAAGGUAUUGUGAUCCCUCA